CCUGUAAUCAAGGAUCUUAGAGUACUUCACAACAGUGGAUUCCUGCUAGAAGCCCUGGCACAUAAAGAAGAGUUGUUUUUGGUGGACAAUGCUCAGAGACACUAUGAAGUCCUGGAGUGACAGCCAGACAGACGUUUACAGCAGUGACCAAGAAGAGGAAGAAGAAAUGAUCUUUGGAGAAAAUGAAGAUGAUUUGGAAGAGAUGAUGGAUUUAAGUGACUUGCCUACCUCACUCUUUGCUUGCAGUGUGCCAGAAGCUGUGUUUGAGGUACAAGAAGAAAAGGAAAGAUUUGAAGCACUUUUCACGAUCUACGAUAAUCAAGUUACAUUCCAGUUGUUUAAAAGCUUUAGAAGAGUAAGGAUAAAUUUCAGCACCCCGGAGGCAGCAGCAAGAGCACGAAUAGAAUUGCAUGAGACAGACAUCAGUGGGAAAAAGCUGAAGCUGUAUUUUGCACAGGUCCAGAUGUCCAGUGAAGUAGGAGACAAGUCCUACCUCCUUCCCCCAGAACCUGUCAAACAGUUCCUGAUAUCGCCUCCUGCAUCUCCACCAGUUGGGUGGAAGCAGAGUGAAGAUGCAACUCCUGGAAUAAACUAUGACUUACUCUGUGCUGUUUCCAAAUUGGGUCCAGGGGAGAAAUACGAGCUUCAUGCAGGAACGGAGUCUACUCCUAGUGUAGUCGUUCACAUUUGUGAAAGUGAAACAGAGGAGGAGGAGGAAAUUAAAAAUCCCAAACAGAAAAUCCUGCAGACAAGGCGCCCAGAUGCUACUCCAACAAUACUAAAUGAAUCUCAAACAUUUGAUUGUACACGGGAGGUAGGGGGUACCAUGCACUGUUAAGUCUUGUGAUGCUGUAAACAAUAUCUAUAUGAGGAUAUUAAAUUAAUACAUGUAUUGAUGUCUGCAUUGCUGCAUUAUAUAUGGCAGCAGGAGAUUUUACUUGUAGUUGUCUCUCAUGUUCAAGUUCUUAGAUGCCAAUAUUCUAAACAGCACUUUAAUUUUUAAGAACUAACCCCUCCCCAAGUGUAGCAAAUCCACCAGAUUUAAAAUAAUGGCAAAGCAGGAGGUUGAUUGUUUUGAAGAUAUGUUCACAUUUUCUUGAUCCUGUAUAGCACGAUGUACCAAAUGCUGAAACAAUAUCUUAUCAGUACCAUCUAUACUAUUGGUUACAAAAUAGUUUAUUUUAUAACAGUCAAAUGUGAUAUUUUUUGUACUGGUACAACAGCUUAUAUUUAAUCAAUAUAUUUAUUAGAAAUGUAAUAUACAGUGUACACUAAAAUUCCUCCACAGAUUGGCCCAUUUGUGAACAUGUUCCGGUUACUUUUCUCAGAAAUGCCAAAUACUUUUUAUUUUAAAGGUACCUUUAUGAUUUGACAUGAGGCACAAAUACAUGCGCAGAAUUAAAUAAGUUGUAGUUGGCAGAACUGCAAUUGGGGGGAGGGUUGGGGGGAAAGAAGGGAAACCACAGACCACUUAGGAGGCAGAUGGAGUUUGCCUCUAAAAUAUUAUGCUGCUGUAGGAUGGUGUUACAGUGAUAGGUACAAUUGGUCGCAUCGACAGUUGAUUAAAAUAAAACUGACUUACAGGGUUGAGUGAAACACGGUUUCACCUAUAGAAUGUUAAGCCUCCAGCCCUCUCUAACAAUAUUGUAAUGUCCCCCUGUCGUGGAGAUGACUUACAUUAUAUGGAAAGUGAAUAAUCAUUAGAUUAUGAUUGUGAUAUUUGGGGAUAAGAGGUCCAGGGUUAGUUUUUAACUUUUGCUCCUAAACUUUUACAGUUUGCUUCCUUUUUUUAAGACAAUCAGUUGCUAGGAUGGUUCAACCAAUCUCCACUCUGUUUUUAUCCAAGUUGCACUCCUGAUUUACUGUUCUGAUUAAAAACAUGGUAUUUUUCAUGGCAUCCUGUAUGGCUGAUAGCACAUCUGCAACUUCUGAAAUAGGAAACACCUUUUGAAAUAUACAUUUGUGGUUUUGUGAAUUUCUGUGUUAAGUGUUUUAGUAGGAGGAAAUAUGCCUCAGUUUAGUGGCACAUGCUCCUAUGGUUUUAUGCUAUUUUAUAAGCAACCUUUUUUAGCCUACACAGAUUUUUUUCUAUAAAAAAUAGUUAAGAAAUUCUUUGUGAACAAACUAGGCUGUUUAGGUUCAUAUUUGAUUCUGUACAUAAAUCACUCUGAAAUUGGCCUUUACCCAAAUCAUGAUACUGUUUUUUAAUUAUGUAUAAAGUGGUUAUUGAACUCUCAAAGGCAUUUUGACUUGAUUGACAGCAAGAGAGUGCAUUAAUGGUGAUAAAUUCAAACAGGCGCAGUAGAGAUGACUUCAGUAUUGUGUCGGCUAUCGAGUCUUUCCUGCCAUCAACUUCAAGUUGCAAAAUGGGAUCCUGCAGGCAGGUCCUCAUUUUGGAGACAGGAAUAAUAUACAUUUGAGCGGGAGGAAAGUAAGACAAAUCUUUCCUCUUGUGUGUCUUGCGUGUAUUGGCAUAACAUUUAUGUAGCUCUUUAUUAUCAAGCCAUUCAAAGUCUAUCUUCUCUUUUUCACUGUUCCCCACCUCCAGUUGCAAACUUAUAUUGUCAGUAGGGCCUUGUGCAUUUUAAAAUGCCAGAAAUCAGUUGGGGAUUUUCUGUAAUGUUACAUUUUGGUUAGUUGUUCAUUUACCCCCUCGUAAAUGUUGUUGUAAAGUGGAAAAACUUCAGGAAUGCCGUCUUAUUGGGCAAAUGAUCAAGUCAAUAAUGCUGUUGUGAAAGUAGCUUGUGUGAAAUGUCUGACUUGCAUUCCAGCAUAAAAGAUCCAUGGUGUAAAAAAAGACAUGGAAUAAAAAUAACAACAGUGCCAUUCAAUGUUUUCCAUUAACUGUAUCAAACCGGGGCCCAUAGGGAAUGUGUAAUUUGUCUUGUUUGGAAGCUGGGUAUCCUAACAAAUCUGUAUGCUUGCAAGUUGAAUGAAUCGUCAACACCUAGGGUUUGUGGUGGUCUUCCUUCUGAUUUGUGGAGUUUGUUUAUAAGCAAAUUAGGAGUAAGGCAACGAUUAUGUGGCUUAAAAAUAUUGCCAUGAAUUAAAGAUAAAAAUUGUCCUUGCACGUCCACACUCUGAAUGCUUGGCUUUGAACUACUAGUGCUUGCCGUGAGCUAAUUUCAGCACUGCAAAAACGGUUGAUUUUCAACAUGUUUUAUAAGAACAAACUGUUCUCACGUUUUUGUUGUUUUGGUGAGGUUCUAUCAUUUUAUCCUAAAACUGGAAAAUGCCAAUAUCCCACACCCUUAUGGUAGCUGAUCAGAACAUUCUCUUGGAAAGUUUUGGAUGGGAGGAUUGUUUUGUUUUUCUUCUUACUAAACUCCGUUUCUCCAACUCAGUUGAUCAACCAAGUUUUAUUUGCAGCAGAAUACAAGAUACUUUCCCCUCCACUAUAGAAAAAGUCCAACCUCUAUUACCACUGUUAGGGAAUAUAAGUUAUUCUUUAGAUACCUGGAGUGAGGAAAAGACCUUGGUGCAAGAGAUGAAAGAAUAUUUUUGAUCAAGCAAACCAAGGUGUUCUUAAGCAGUCUUUGUUGAAAUACUUGUCACGUAUGUAAUAGAUACUGCCACUGGCAUUGGUUGACAUUUGCUUGAUCAAUAAAUCCAUCUUAUCAAGCCCUUGAGUAUACAGCUAAUAUGGGUCAAUCAUUUGGCCCUGAGGAUCUGCAGUAACCUAUAUGUCCCAUAUAUGAGAUCUACCUUGAAAAGAGCUGAGGUGUAUGCUAAACAGCCAAAUUCAUCUCUGGUGUAACUCUUACUAGUCAGUGGCGUUUCACCAGGAAUUAACUUGACCCCUUCUUCCUACCUUGAAUGUUAUUCUGAUCAGUGAUAUCAUAGUGUGAAUUUUGACUGGGAGUUCUUUUAAAACAUAUUUAUUUGAACUUGUAUGCAAGUAAAAGGGUUGUCUACCCAGAACUUUUGGGUAUCUGAAAAAUAAAAUUAAACAGCAAAUUACCCUCAACAGCCAACAGAACUAAACCUCCUACAAAAUUCUCCUCCCCUCCCCAAAGGUCUAAUCUCUAUCAAGCCCCCCUCCCCCCCCACACACACACACUUUGCAGCGCCUCGUAUAAAUAGAUGAGACUUUGCAGCAUUUUAGUUGAAUUCUAUCUCUUUGUGACUUAUGGGAUGCUUCUACCGAGCACUCAGCAGACCAGAUUAAUAGGAAAACAGCCCCUUCUUUGGGAAUGUGGUAGGAGGCUCUUUCACAUUGCUUUGCUCAUCUUUGGCACGUAAUCCUAACGAAAGGAAGGUAUCUGACUUUAUGAUGCCAGUAGCAACAUGCUUAAUUUAAAUCGUAUUGACUACUCUAGUUUGUAGCCAGACUGACUGCUUAGCCUAAAAAUAAGUGCAAAGAUGACAGAACUCUCACAGAAUGACCCAUGGUUGGAGAAGACCAGUUAGGUGAGUUACUCCGCUAGUGUAAAUCAACGCAGCCCAGUUGAGGACAACGGAGCUGUGGCAUUAGCUGAGUAUCUGGCCCAUCUACUGAAUGAUCAAAGUUUGAGGAAAGUAAUGAGUUUUCAAAACUAUUUACGAAAACAAAUACUGGAAAACACAGACACUUGUUGCUGGGGCUUCGGCGCUAUGUGAAAGGUUCAUUGAAGAGAUGAGAAGAGCUAUAGUUUCCCAGUUUGGAUAAUUCACUUCUCCCCCGCUCAGAUGAUGGUAACUAAUUAGUUGCAGCCUGUGUAAAUCAUUGAAUGAAUUAAGCCUCUUUCUCCUUCUCUCAAGCUAUUGGGUCGCCCUUUGUGAAUACUCUUUUUGGAAUUAAAACAGACUGCAUAUGAUUUGUAAGAGGCAAUGCAAGAGAAGUAGAUGGACAGUAUUUACUGGCCUGUUCUCCCAUUUGUUUUGGUGGGAGGCUACACAAUUAGAGAGCUCACCCAAAAUGGUGAUUGAUUGAUUGAUUUUUUUAAACCGUGCAACUACAAGGUAGGAAGUUUUGAAUCCAUAUGAGGUUCCACAGUGUCUCACUCUGUCCUCUGUGUUCGUAUUCAUAUGGCUCUCCUCUUCACUGUAUCUGAGCACCUUGCACUCAGUAAUGGAUGUUAUCCCUGAUGAGAUAGGGAAGUACUGUCAUCCCCAUUUUACAGAUGGAAGAGCUGAGGCACAGGGAAGAUUGUGUCUUGCCGUAGGUAAUGUAAGCCGUGUAUGGCUGAGCUAGGAAUUGAACUAGUGCCCUAUCUGCUAAUAAUCCUUUCUAGGCUUGAGCCAAUCCCUCUUUGAGUUGACAAACUCCCUGCUCCUGUAUGUUGGGGAUACUAGAUUCAUUUUUAUUUUUUUGUGGCAUUUCAGCUUUCGCUCACAAUUGAGACUAUGUCCGUUUUCCCUCCAUCCAAUAGAAAUUACCAUUUCACCUACCUGCUCUUUCCUUUAGCCCAUAUUUUGCUUUACUUAAUCACUAAGGGCUUGUCUACACUGCGAAGUUGUCAACAAAACUUUUGUCUUUCACGGGUGCUUUAAAAAGCCGCCCCGCCCGCGAAAAACAAAUGUUUUGCCGAUGCAAGUGGCAGCGUGACUGCGGCUUUAUCGGCAGGACAACUCUCCUGCCGACAAAGCUAACGCCGCUCACAGGGCUGGAAGUGCCAACAAAAUACCGAAAAAGAGCAUUUACACAUGCUGUGUAGACAAGCCCUAAGAUGGGUUUUACUUUCUCUCAGUGCAGUUCCCAGCCAGCAGUUGUUCACUUUACAGGUGCUGAAAUCUUUUCUCAAAUUGGGAACUGAACAUCAGAUGCAUAUUCACACACAAGAAAAUUGCAGUGGUUUUAAGUGUGGAAAUUUUGUGUAUCAGCGCACUUUUGUGUGCCUAAAAACAAGGUUUUUGUGACUGUUUGUGUUCCACAGGCCUGUUGCCAUCACAUACUGUACUUGCAUGGCUUCUGCUAUGUACCUCCUUAAAAAAAAGAACACUAUAUCAUGCUAUCUCCUGGACUUCAUAAUGUCUUUUGUGAAAUGUACAUUUUUUAUAGGAGGGUUCUGUGUCUCUCUGUUUAAAAUGUUGACUUUGAAUAGAUCUGGACUUCAAAGAAAACUGAUCUAUUAAUUUCCAUUAAUCCACUAUUUUUAACACCCAAACAUUGCAUAAUUAAAGGAUUACAUUUGGGAAGCAAGAGGAAUGCAUCAGUUGAGAACAACUGGUGUCUGUCGUCCUACUUGAUUUCUAUUUCACUCUCUUGCUGCUGCUUUGUGUGAAGUGUUAUAGUUGCAGGAAGUAUUGAAGUAAAUUCCAGCUGUUGAUCACAUGACGGCUUGUUCCAUAGACACAUGUUUCUCUUGCACAUGUGAUUUCUGUACUAUUUGGUCUUUGCCUAAAUCUUCCAUCUCUUUCAUGUCGGUAUGUGACCAUUUAAUUCAAUAACAUUCUUUAUGAAUUGAGAGUACAAUCAGUUUUUCCUAGAUGCAGUUUUUGCCUUGUGUCCUGUAUUUUAGAUGUACAUUACCAUUUUUGUCCACCUGUCGAUGCGUGGUGUGUCUGUGUUCUCAAGACGAACUACAAUAACAUGCACUCCAUAUUAUAUUGUACCUGAUGUGACAAUCCAAGCUGUAGUCCAUGUAGACUGGCUAAAUAUGACCAUGCUAUGUUGCUCUGACAACAAAGUCUAUAAUGUUCUGUAAAGAUGGCAAAGCAGAAUGUGUGGUUUGGGUCUUUUUGAAGCUUUUGUGAUUCCUGGUAAGUUUUGUUUUUCAAAACUAAGAAAUAAAAUUAGUUUAUUUUUGUUUCUUAAACUCA